AUGGCUGAAGCCAUAAGACAACAACAACAAUGGCAACAACAACAACAACAACCACCUCCCCAACCUCCAAUGCAUGUACCACCUCUAGCACCAGGGUGUCAGUCGGAGACCUAUACUAUUGCCUUGACCGGGGAAUUUAAGAAGAUGAAGCCACCAGUAUUUCAUGGCAGAAUUGAACCGUUGAAGGCCGAAGCUUGGGUCUUGGGCAUUGAAAAGUUGUUUAAAGAUGUUACUUGGGCUCAUUUUCUGGAAAUUUUCUAUGAGAAAUAUCUUCCCCAUUGUGUGCGGGAUAAAAAGGCAGCUGAAUUCAUGGAGCUCAAGCAGGGAAACAAAUCAAUAGCUGAAUAUAAGGCUCAGUUUACAAAAUUAGCUUGUUUUGCACCCAACAUGGUAGACACAAAUUACAAGAAGGCUAGACAGUUCGAAGGACGUUUAUGUGACCCUACUCUAGAUAAGAUUAAUGUAUUCAAAUUGCCGACGUAUGUGGAUGUACUUGAUAGGGCACUAAUAGCAGAGAGAAAUGUGGCCAGCCGUAAACAAAACUUUGAAUGGAAAGGCAGAAAAUAG